AUGUCAACUAUUGGGUUUGCUGGAGAACGAUUCUCAUUGGGAUUUAACACUUGCAGAUUCAGUUGUUUCAUCAAAUGCGUACCAAUACGAACGCUGUUCGCAAUUAUCAUCACCACAUGUUUUCCUUCACAACCAAUUCAGUUAUGGAACAAAUACAAAGACGCCAUAUGUGAAGAUAUCUUGCAUCGCUUGCGUAUUCAAACGAAUAAUCCUGACAUCCAAAUAACCGAUGAAAUCUACAAUGAAGAAUUGAUUCUGAUUGAGGAUCAAUGCUUGACUAUUGCAAACAAGCUACUGAUUGAAGUAGGAAUGAUUGCGCCAAAUCGAUCGAUGCACGAUGCAUUCAACCAAGAAUUAAAUCGAGAGCUGCAAUACAAUGUUGAUACAUUGCAGGAAUUCGUUAGAAAUAAUGUUCCGUUGCUGAAUGAACAGCAAAAACAAGUAUACAAAACAUUAAUGCAAGCGGUGGACAAUAAUACUGGUGGUCUAUUCUUCCUGGAUGCACCUGGAGGAACAGGGAAAACAUUUGUCAUUUCAUUGAUUUUGGCCACUAUUCGAUCAAGAUGUGACAUAGCUUUGGCGUUAGCAUCAUCUGGAAUUGCGGCGACUCUUCUAGAUGGCGGUCGUACUGCACAUUCUGCGCUUAAGUUGCCACUCAAUUUAAACACAAUUGAUACUCCAACGUGCAAUAUUUCCCGAUCCAGUGCAAUGGGAAAAUUGUUAAUGCAAUGCAAGCUCAUUGUUUGGGAUGAGUGCACAAUGGCACAUAAGAAAUCACUUGAAGCACUUAACUUCACACUGAAGGAUCUUCGGAGAAAUAACAACAUCUUUGGCGGCUUGAUGAUAUUGUUGGCAGGCGAUUUCAGGCAGACGUUGCCAGUAGUUCCCCGUGGAACGCCUGCAGAUGAAUUGAAUGCUUGCCUAAAGGCAUCACCUUUAUGGAAUAACGUAAAAACAUUAUCGCUAACCGCUAAUAUGAGAGUUCAACUUCAAAAUGAUCAAAGUGCUGCACAAUUUUCCAAACAAUUGUUAGAUCUUGGAAAUGGAAAAGUCCCAGUUGAUGCGACAUCUGGAUUAAUUACUCUUACCAACGACUUUUGCCGAUUUGUAGACACUCAAUUGGUUCUUAUUGAAAAUGUUUUCCCAAACAUUAGUGAGAAUUAUAAGAAUUAUGCUUGGUUAAGUCAACGAGCAAUUCUUGCAGCAAAGAAUAAUGAUGUCCACGCACUGAAUUUCACCAUUCAAUCAAAAAUUGCUGGCGAUUUGGUGACAUACAAAUCCGUUGAUUCAAUAACAAAUCCCGAUGAUGUAGUAAAUUAUCCAACGGAGUUUUUGAACUCUCUGGAGAUACCAGGAUUUGCACCACAUAACUUGCAACUGAAAGUUGGUACAGUUAUUUUGAUACUGCGUAAUUUGAAUCCACCUCGACUUUGCAACGGUACUCGACUUUCGGUAAAGAGACUUAUGCCGAAUUUAAUUGAGGCAACCAUUAUUAACGGAAAGUACGCAGGUGAAAAUGUAUGUAUUCUCUCGAAUACCAAUGAUUCCGACUGA